CAAACUGCGUUCCUUGCGGUGAUUGCUGGAAGUCGCACGUGACUAAGCACAGAUUAGCGUCCGCAACGCAGGUCGCGCGACUACAGCAACGCGCUCACGAAGGCCAGCUCCAGCACUGCAGUGCACCGGCACCACGACCCUUGAACCCCUCGAUAAGGCCCCAGAUCGUCUUUGAUUGUCGACGCGACUACGAAUACGUGAAAAUGGAGAGUGCGUCGAAGCGUAAGGCAGGCAACGCUGCGCUGAGCCCUGGCGAGGGUCGCCCUGCAAAGCGGCAGAAAGCGCCGGGCUCCGGCGGCGAGACAGUCGAGUCGACUACAGACAUGGGCUUGAAGUUCCUCGAUGGCUUGAAGCAGGCUAAAGACAAGACGGGACGACCAAUUGCAGUGCACUUCAUGACACUGCCAGACAAGGACAAGCUGCCAGACUACUACGAGUUCACAAAGCUGCCUCUGGCCUUGGAAACCAUCGAGGAAAAACUCAACAAUGGCGAAUACGCAUCCCUCGCUCAAGUCGAGAGCGACUGCAAACGACUCGUCAACAACGCCAAAGCAUACAACGACAAGAAGUCGAUCAUCUACGAGGACGCCGAGCGACUGCGCAAGACAGCUUCGAACUGGAUGGUCAAGCACAACCCUGCAUACCGAGAUGGUAGCUAUGUUGCAGUGGCUACGCCUGUGCCAGGAGAGGAGAACAUGACACCAGGGAAACCAACACCACGUGUUGCGCUCACUCCACGGGUCGCCGCUGCUACGCCUACAUCUGCGUCUUCAGUAGUAGCAGAACGCCCUCGGCGAGCGGCAGCACUUGCACAGCCAGAUACACCUGCGCCAUCGAAGCUUAGACAGUCGGCAUCCGCUGCACCAGAGCCCAGGGCGACUGGUACACGGAAUGCCUCUAGUCUGUCGUUCCAGCACGCACAGGAGCAAAUCAUUCAGGAGGUCAUCGAUCACACCGACCCAGGCGGCGAUUUGGCCAUCUUCCAACCCUUCUUGAAUCUACCCACUCGUGCCUUGAAGGACUAUUACCAACUAAUUAAAGACCCAAUGUCGUUGACCGCUAUCAAAAAGAAAGUGCAGGGCGUAGUUGGCCGUGACGCACCUACGGGGCACACCCUCUUCAAGAGCUGGGAUGCGUUCGAGAAUGCAAUGGGCCUUGUAUGGAAGAACGCGCGCAUCUACAACGAGGACGGGAGCGAGCUUUAUAACCUCUCGCUCGAACUUGAGGAAAUUUUCAACGCGAAACUCAAGGCUAUGAAAGCCAAGGUCGAUGAGCCACCACAGCCCAAGCUCAAGCUCAAUAUGUCCGCCGGUGCAGCACCGACGCCUGCGCCCAAGCAACAGCUGAAGCUGAAACUCAGACAAAGUCCAGUGUCAGGUUCGCAGACGCCAGCCACACGCGACUCGGCCACACCAGGUGUUAUAGUAGACAACGAGGCGCUCCAGAGGCAACGACAGCACGUCAACGACAGCACGGGUAGCCGGUGGUCGAAGCCUGCAGAGAAGGCCGCUACACCAGCGGCACCAAAUCCCUUCUCUGUGACAAGAGGCUCCUCCGCUGCCAUCGCUCCUAUCCCCGCCGCACAGACCAGAACAGCUGGUUCGCCUGCAGCAAAUGGCGUGAAGCAAGAUAUACAGUCACCAGCGCUGAGCGCUAUCAGAUCAGGUAGCAAUGUGCCAGACGCGCAACGACUCAGCGUGCUUGCUCAGACUCCGAUACCAGCCAUGGCACCGCCGCAGGCAAUAUCGCGCCAUGCAAGUGGUAGCCCACACCCCAACGGUCUGUACAAUCAGCCGAACGGUCUACCGAAUCCGGUCUUCCAGCCACCAGCACCCUAUGUCCCGCCAUCUAUCCCACGCACCGAUGUCUUCCGCAAGACGCCUCUUAAGAAAGUGAGCGAAGCUCUCAUCCCCGGCUUAACUCUGAACACACACCCAGCCCUCAACCUUCCUCACCCAUGGGCGAUAACCAUCCCCGCAAGCAAGACCAAGACACAUCACAGCGCCACGAUUAAUCUAUCGCCAACACGCUCCUACCUUCAGAUCACGCCCAAAGUACCGAUUGCGCUUACGGGCCGCCUGUACCGCCUUUUCGUCCAGGUCAACGGCAACAAGACUUACGAGGUCAACCGCGUGCCCGUCACCGCAGGCAUUAACGGUGGUGGCGAGGGCGCAGGAUUUGAGGGUGGGAAGAAGAAGGGCGAGCCUGUUUUCGAGGCGAAGUUGGUUGGCGGCGUGAACAGAAUUGAAGUUGAGAUUGUUGCAGAGAAGAUAUCUAAAGAUGGAGAAAGUAUGAGUGGCAAGGAUGUUGUGGACAUCGAGAAGUAUACUGUUUUCUUGCACUUGGCGAGGCAGGGGUAUUAGGAGUAUCGACAAGAAGGCGAUAUCUGGACAAGUGGACAAGGCAGACUUGCGGGGCACCCUUCUACGUUCUAUCGUUUGUGCGUUGUCUCUUGAGGUGUUUUGGCGCUUUCACGAUCGCUGGGCAUAUGGUAGCUCUGAAGCGGCGGGACUGGGAAGGUAUGAUUGUGUGAUUUUUACGUUCUACUUGGCCUCCUUUUGCCUCGAUCUUAUCUGCAUCACUUCCCUUCUUGGCUUGUAUAGUAAUUAGCCGGAACUGAAAGGAUCGAAUCCAAUAUGUAAUGCAGCCGAUCAGGUACUCUUACUUGACGC